GGGCAGGGUGGGCAGCCUGGGAAGGGGGAGCCCCAGGGUGCUGCAGGCCCUGCCCCGCUUCCACAGCGCUGGAGAGUGGCUUGUCCUUACCCCACCCCAAGCUGUCGCUGGUUACAAGCCUUCAAUGAACUUUUCUGGCAUUUCUCUUUUCCUGGCAUCUACCUGACACCUUUGCUGCAUGCUGGGCUGGCUUGCUGUUGUCUCACCUGUUUCUCUUUAUAAACUUCUGGGGUGUUGGAAGACUUUUUACGCCUGUCUCUUCCUGGUGGAAUUGCUUUUGAGAGUGAAGUUAUUCCCUUAGGGAAUGUGCUUGUCAAAGGAAAUAAUGGAAAACCCCCAGUUUGGGAAUAUUAAGGCUGGAGGAGGUGAAGAAACCUGGAUCACCUUGUUGGGGGCAGCUGGAGGAGCUCGACGGGGCCAUACGACCAAAACUUGUCUUGUCGUGAGGGAGGCUUUCUCUGCUGCUCACCACCCUUCGUGCUGGAGCUCUCAGGCCGCAUCAGCGCUUGCUGGCAGGACCGUAGGUGCAAGUGCCUCUGACCAUCAUGGAGGAUGCCGGCAUGGAAUCAAACAUCUCCCCUCCUGACAACACUUCACAGCAGGACUCUCCCUUCAGCAUGAUGGACCUGUUUCUUGUCUCGCUCAUCAUCGGACUUUUUACUUACUGGUGGUUCUUCCGCAAGAAAAAGGAGGAAGUCCCAGACCUCCCCAAAAUACAAUCAGUAGCAGCUCCGGUGAGAGACAGCAGCUUCAUUGAGAAGAUGAAGAAAACGGGGCGAAACAUAGUGGUUUUCUAUGGUUCCCAGACGGGUACAGCAGAGGAGUUUGCCAAUCGUCUCUCCAAAGAUGCUCAUCGCUACGGCCUCCGGGGCAUGGCAGCAGAUCCAGAGGAGUAUGACUUGUCGGACCUGAGUCGCCUCUCUGAGAUCGACAAGUCCUUAGCUGUGUUCUGCAUGGCCACUUACGGCGAGGGCGAUCCCACGGACAAUGCCCAAGACUUCUACGACUGGCUGCAGGAGGCUGACGCUGACUUGUCGGGUCUCCGAUUUGCAGUCUUUGGGCUGGGGAACAAGACUUAUGAGCACUUCAAUGCCAUGGGAAAAUAUGUGGACAAGAGACUGGAGGAACUUGGAGCCCAGCGCAUCUUUGAACUUGGGCUGGGAGAUGACGAUGGCAACUUGGAAGAAGACUUCAUCACCUGGAGAGAGCAGUUCUGGCCAGCGGUGUGUGAGCACUUUGGGGUGGAGGCUACAGGAGAAGAGUCCAGCAUCCGCCAGUAUGAACUGGUGGUGCACACAGAUGUGAACAUGAACAAAGUCUACACUGGUGAGAUGGGUCGUCUCAAGAGCUACGAGAACCAGAAGCCACCGUUCGAUGCCAAGAACCCCUUCCUGGCCCAGGUUACAGAGAACCGCAAGCUGAACGAGGGCGGAGAGCGACACCUUAUGCACCUGGAGCUGGACAUCUCCAAUUCCAAAAUCAGGUAUGAGUCUGGGGACCACGUGGCGGUGUACCCAGCCAAUGACUCUUCUCUGGUGAAUCAGAUUGGUGAGAUCCUGGGCAUGGAUUUGGACACGAUCAUGUCCUUAAACAAUUUGGACGAGGAAUCCAAUAAGAAACAUCCCUUCCCCUGCCCCACAUCGUACCGUACAGCCCUGACGUACUACCUGGACAUCACCAACCCGCCCCGCACCAACGUUCUCUAUGAGCUGGCCCAGUACGCCACAGAGGCCGGCGAGCAGGAGCGCCUCCGCAGAAUGGCAUCGUCUGCUGCCGAGGGGAAGGCUCUCUACCUCAGCUGGGUGGUGGAGGCCCGGAGGAACAUCCUGGCCAUCCUGCAGGACAUGCCCUCGCUGCGCCCCCCCAUCGACCACUUGUGUGAGCUCCUGCCCCGCCUCCAGGCCCGCUACUACUCCAUCGCCUCCUCCUCCAAGGUUCACCCCAACGCCAUCCACAUCUGUGCAGUGACGGUGGAGUACGAGACCAAGACGGGCCGCCUGAACAAAGGGGUGGCCACCAACUGGCUCAAGAACAAGGUGCCCAACGAGAACGGGAGCAGCUCCCUGGUGCCCAUGUACGUCAGGAAGUCGCAGUUCCGCCUGCCCUUCAAACCCAGCACCCCCGUCAUCAUGAUCGGGCCGGGGACCGGCAUAGCCCCCUUCGUCGGCUUCAUUCAGGAGCGGGCCUGGCUGAAGCAGCAAGGCAAAGAGGUGGGCGAGACGGUGCUUUACUACGGCUGCCGGCGUGAGCACGAGGACUACCUGUACCGCGAGGAGCUGGCCCGCUUCCACCGGGAGGGCGUCCUCACCCAGCUCAACGUUGCCUUCUCCAGGGACCAGGCUGAGAAGGUUUAUGUUCAGCACUUACUGAAGAAGAACAAGGAAAACGUCUGGAAGCUGAUUAAUGAGGGGAACGCUCAUAUCUACGUGUGCGGCGAUGCUCGCAACAUGGCCCGGGACGUGCAGAACACCUUCUACGAGAUUGUGGCCGAAUUUGGGAACGUGAGCCACCCCCAGGCCGUGGACUAUGUAAAGAAACUGAUGACGAAGGGCCGGUACUCUUUGGAUGUCUGGAGCUAAGAGCGGGGCUGGUGGGGCCGGGGAGAGAACGGGUCCCCUGGUGUGGGCCCGUGGGGGGUGGAAAGUGCCUGCUCGCCCACUGCUGCUGUGGGUGACAGUGUCAUCCCCAGCCCACAGCUAUCCCAGUGUCACUCCCAACCCCUCCUGGGCUGCCGCAGCCCCCCCCGGGGCAGGCCGUGUAGCCUGGUUGGGGGUGGAAGGGGUUGAGAGGGGCAGGGGGGGUAGCUCAGGCUGGUGUCCAGGAGCCACGAUGCCCCCGGCACCCCAGGGAGCACCUCGUGGCAGCAGCGUUUGCCUUGGGCUCGGGGACACCGGGUGAUGGGAGGCAGGAGGGACGGACGGUGCCUCCGGAGCUCUGGGGCCCUUCCCUGGACACGACGUGUUGCCUUAUCCCCGGGGGCUGGAGACCAGCCCGGCCUGCGGUGCAGGCAGCCCGGGGCGGAGGAGCCGGCCCCCCCUGCGCCCCGCGUUUGGUGGGAGGGCAGGGCGGGGGGCAGCCAUCUGUCCUCGCCCCGUUUGUCAGCCCGGGGCUGUGGGGCUGGCAGCUGGCUCUGGGCACUGCCCCACGCCACCGGGACCCCCAGGCACCCCGCUCCUUGGCCCCGCUGCCCGCCUUCGCUCCAGCACGCCGCGGGGGGGGGACGGCUCCUCUCCGCUCCAGAAGAGACCUGCUCGGCAGGGGGGGGGGGGUGUCUGCAGGGGCCCUGCAGCCGGCAGCUCCCCUGUGCCCAGCCCCGCCUUCAGGCUGUGUAGGGUCAUUUUUUAAAUACUGUUUUUAUUUUAACAUCUUUGAUUUAAUCGUGGAAAAAAAAAAAAAAAACACCAAACUUUCAGGCUGUCCAAUGACUGUAAAUUAUUUAAAUACAUUUGCCCUUGGAAUAAAAUGACUGUUUCUGUA